AGUUAAUUCAACCUUAUGAUAAUGUUGAGAGGUCUUCUGAGUGCAACGAUAGACAUUAGCUGUUUAAAACAGUCGAAUACAAUUAUCUGGCGAGGAAAAAGUACUUUAGAAAUGAAUAAUAAAUUUAAAUUACCUGCCCGCUACGGAGCCGGCGAAAAGAGCGUCUGGGUUGAGUACAUCCAGUUAGCCGCAGAUUACAAACCGGCAGUGAAUCUUGGACAAGGUUUUCCAGACUACCAUGCACCAGAACAUGUCACUAAGGCACUCUCAGAAAUUCCUGUGGGUGAUAAUCCACUGCUUAAUCAGUAUACGAGAGGAUUUGGACAUCCCCGGUUAGUUCAAAAUUUAGCAAAAAUAUACUCCCCGCUGAUUGGUAGAGAAUUAGAUCCAUUUAAUGAAAUAUUAGUGACGAGUGGUGCUUAUGAAGCUUUGUUUUCUGCAAUUCUAGGUCAUGUGGAAGAGGGAGAUGAGGUGAUUGUUAUUGAACCCUUCUUCGACUGCUACGACUUCAUGAUCAGGUCCGCAGGCGGUACUCCUAAGUUCAUUGCUUUAAAGCCAAAAUCCACUGGAGGACAACUAACAUCAGCCGACUGGAUCCUCAACGAACAAGAGUUAUCGUCAUUAUUCAACAGCCGAACAAAAAUGUUGAUCCUGAACACCCCUCACAAUCCACUCGGCAAAGUGUUCACGGCACAGGAGUUGGAGACAAUAGCAAACUUGUGCAAAAAGCACAACGUCUUGUGUCUCUCUGAUGAAGUAUACGAAUGGAUGGUCUAUGAAUCUAACAAACAUAUUAGGAUAGCUGCAAUGCCCGGUAUGUGGGAACGGACAAUCACCAUUGGUUCAGCGGGUAAAACCUUCUCCGUUACUGGCUGGAAGACAGGCUGGGCCUAUGGGCCCGCUAACCUCAUGAAGAACCUUCAAGUUGUUCAUCAGAACUGUGUAUACACAUGCUGUACUCCUGUACAGGAAGCAGUCGCCCGAUCGUUUGAAUUCGAACUAGCUCGAAUCAACACACCGGAGUGCUACUUUGUCUCCCUCGCUAAAGAGCUCAUCUCCAAACGGGACUACUUAGUUAAAGUACUGAGAGAAAACGGCUUCAACCCCACCGUACCAGAUGGAGGGUACUUCAUUGUAGCCGAUUGGUCGAGUCUUGCAAAGAAAAUAGAUCUUACAUCGGAAACAGACAAGUACAAGGACUACAGAUUCACUAAGAAAUUUGCGAAAGAGGCCGGAGUUCUAACAAUACCGCCCUCAGCUUUCUACUCGGAGGAACAUAAACAUCUCGGCGAGAACUUCGCAAGAUUCUGCUUUAUCAAGAAAGACGAAAAUCUGUCAUUAACAGAAAAAUUACUGAAGGAAUGGAACGCCAAGAAGUAAUUUUAUAAAAUUACAUGGACUCUUUGUGAUAUAUAUAAUUAUUAAAAUUUCAUAUAAUAUUUAAAUAUCCAUACUGUAUUAUACAAUUGUACUUGAGGCUGUAAGCCGAGAAACAAAGCCCAUUCCACGAAACAAUCUCCCAAGGGGAAUAACCCUUGUGGGCUCAUUGAUCAAUGCGCGUGACCUUCUGUGGCCAUAUUAUUUCUUAGGAUUGUCUUAUAAUUACCGCAUUCGUCUCCUUAUCUCUAGCCGCGCGCAUCGACCAAUGAGGUACGAGUAUUUCGUUCCCUAGGAGUUCGAUUCGUGGAAUGGACUAUAUAAACAUCAGCACUAAAAAUGUAUUUUUAUAUAAAGUUUUAUUUAAUACAAAUGAAUGUUACGUAAAUAAAAUACAGUACUUUUUAAAUAAAUGUGUUUUU